UAUUUGGCGGUAUCGCGGUGCUCACUGUAGAUUUCGCGAACGACGCAAAUGAACGGGAUGAGAUUGUGGGGUGAGUUCGUGUGGAGAAACAAAACCAAUCUCUGAGUCGUAGUCGUUGUACCUCGUGUACGAAGGCACGACGGGAAUGGCGAUCACGUCGUCUAGCCGUUGAAUGUGGUUGCAUGGAACCCAUUGACAGUCGAUGCGAGUUUCGGACUAGGUGCAAACAGAGCCUCGGGAUCCGCGUUGUUUUCCAUCCAGUAGUCGGAGACAAUCACCUCGAGGAUCACCACUCGCGUGGCUUCGUCAGUGCGAUUUCAGUUCGAGAGAGGCUAUUUAGCUCCAGCAAACAACGUUUAAUCGGGACGUAAAAACUUUCGAGCCACUCUGGCAGUUAAAUUUCGUCUCGGACUGUGGGGCUCUGAGUCUGUUGCGAAAGGCUUUAUUGGAUGGCGAGCGAAGCAUCCUCUUGAGCUGGAAGACAAACUCAAGGAGAGGAAUGAUAAGGGAACCCAAUUUCGGGUCCCUUCCUGAACAACUUCUUGGGUCCGUGGCUUCUUCCAGUGCUUCGCCUCUUUCUCUUCAAACCAGCAGUGGUGGCCAUUGCUAGCGCUAGUUCUGGUGCUGCAUGCACAUUCUUGUGCCAAAAGAGCACAAGAGUCUUUGGAGUCAUCGGGGCUGGGGUGUGAUCCUAGUUCGGCACUUGAGAGUUGCACAGUACCUUUACAUGUGUCGCCGCAGCUGCCAUCGUGGUUCGUGGAAAGUAUUCUCUUGCGUCUGUGAUGCAAGUUCCUUUUCUCUUGACUGUGACCAACGCGACUAGUCGAAAGGUCUCAUCGUAUGGCGAUUUAAGCGUAUGCUUAUCAACCGAGUCAAACCUAGGGAGGCGAACUUGUUAAUCUCUGUUUCAGUUUUUUUUGUGCCCAAGGCGACAGAGUUUGUGGAAGGAGUUGUUCGAGUCACCUGCUUCGCGUCCCCUUGAACUUCGACGGAGAUUCCAAGGUGUGACCACUACUAACGAAACAGAGCGCGAUGACGUCCACGAAAUAGAACAUUCUAAUACUGUGAUCUAGUGGUGAGUUCUGCGGAGGAAAACAUAUUCUCACAGAUGGAGACCCUGAUUGGCGCUGUGUCGAGGAUAGAAUGGAGAGUGGGAUUGGUGCUCGUCGUCUCGGCGUAUGUAGUUUACGAACAGCUUUCUUUCAUGACUAAGAGGAAGCAUUUGCCGGGGCCGUCUUUCGUGUUGCCCUUCGUGGGCAACGUGAUCGCGAUGGUGGUUGAUCCUGCAGGAUUCUGGGAUCAGCAAGCAAAUUAUGCCUUGAAGGUUGGAGUUUCCUGGAAUGCUCUACUCGGAAAAUUUGUAUUAUUUGUGCGAGAUUCCCAGCUCUCCCAGAAGGUCUUCGCAAACGUUCGCCCGGAUGCAUUUCACCUCGUCGGUCAUCCGUUAGGCAGGAAACUAUUUGGAGAGCACAACCUCAUCUUCAUGUUCGGGGAAGAGCAUAAAGAUUUGCGCCGCCGACUCGCGCCGUUAUUCACGACUAAGUCGUUGGGCGUGUACAUAUCAAUCCAAGAGAAGACACAGAAGGAGCAUAUUGCCAAGUGGAUGGCCAUUGCAAAGGAUCUUGGCGAUGACCCAAUUCGCGUACGCAUGCUCUGCAGAAACAUGAAUCUGGAGACCUCCCAGAACGUCUUUGUGGGCCCAUACCUCACGCCGGAUAUGCGCAGACAGUUCGACGAGGACUACAAAAACUUCAACACCGGGCUCAUGAGCUUGCCCAUCAACCUCCCAGCCUUUUCAUUCUAUAAAGCUACGCGAUCGGUGAGAAAUAUCCAAAACAUGCUCACAAAAUGCGCAACAGCUAGCAAAGCAAGGAUGGCGAUGGGAGAAAACCCUUCUUGUCUGAUGGACUUCUGGAUGAUCGAAACUGUGCGGGAACUUCGGGACGCUGAAGCCGCAAACACUCCUCCCCCUCCCCAUUCUUCCGACUACGAAAUUGGCUGCCACCUCUUUGACUUCCUCUUCGCAGCUCAAGACGCAUCCACAUCCUCCCUGGUCUGGGCGAUAACCCUGAUCGAAUCGCAUCCCUACGUGCUGGAGAAACUACGAGAAGAGCUUUUGUGUCUACGUCCUGAUCCUUUGGCGCCCUACACUCCAGAAUCAUUGCGGGAGAUGAAGUAUACCGAAAUGGUGGUGAAGGAGGUACUACGCUACCGACCUCCAGCAACCCUGGUUCCUCACAUUGCCAACACGGACUUCGCCUUGACGGACACAUACACCGUUCCCAAAGGCACCAUUGUCUUCCCUUCUUUGCUGGAUUCAUCGUUCCAGGGCUUCAAGGACCCUGAAGUCUUCGAUCCAGAGCGAUUCUCCCCAGAACGAAUGGAGGAUCUAGUGUACAAGAAGAACUGGUUGUUGUUCGGAGCUGGGCCGCAUCAAUGCAUCGGACAACGAUACGCCAUCAACCAGCUUAUGCUUUUCAUCUCCCUCUUCUUCACACAGGUGGAUGUAAAGCGAGCUAGAAAGCCAGGGUGUGACGAUCUGGUGUACACACCCACCAUUGCACCCAAAGACGAAGGCCUAGUUUAUCUUUCCCCCCGGAUUGUAAAACAAAAAGAUUAAUGCGAUUCCCUUGUGUCAAACUCCACAGCAUCGAUUUGGUCAUUAUUCCGGGUGAAAACUUCGCACAACCAGACUGUAGAUGCAAAUGUGUGUUAGAGGGCUAUGAGGAUAAAUCAUAUUUGUUGGGUGACCAAUAGAUUGGCUGAGGCGUUUUGCCUUCGCGACAAAGCCAAGGGCGGACUAAUCACCAAAUCAAGUGCGAUUCGUGGAUGUGGUGCACAAAUUAUUCUACAAUGCAAUUCUACUACAGUUUCAAACA